CAUGCAUAAGAUGGUGGUGGCACACUAGGAUCCUAAUAUAUAUCAAAACCAAAUUACAGGCACCACACUCGACUCUUUAUAAAGAUAAUCAAACUGAAAUUAUACUCUCUCUCACCUGACUAUCACAACAUUAAAACAAAAGAUGAAGAAAAUGCAUGGUUUGGAUUCAUCAUCAGUAAAAGUACCUGAAUGGGUUGAAAUUCUUUUAGGAGAGAAUUUCUUUACAGUUUGCAGUGUCCAUAGCAGUAUUACUAGUACUGAGAAGAUCAAGAACAAGAACAAGAAUCGAAAGAACUUCUUCUGUUUGGAUUGCUGUACUUCCUUAUGUUCUCACUGCUUAUCACACCAUAAUCGUCACUCUCUCUUACAGAUAAGAAGGUAUAUGUAUCAGGAUGUGAUACGCAUAACCGAUGCAAAAACGUUGAAUUGUUCUUCUGUUGAUCCAUACAUAGCGAACGAGACAAGAGUGGUGUUUUUGAGGCCAAGACCAAUAUCAUCAUUUAGGGUUUCUUCUUCUGAGAAAUCUUGCAUCAAAUGUACCGGAAUUCUCCACAACACAGAUUAUAGCUUUUGCUCCCUUUCUUGCAAGUUCCAUCAUGAUGAUCACGGAAUAACAGCAAUGGGUAGUUCUAGUACUCCCGGCUCAGCUAGCUCCACCAGCGUUGCCCGUACUAAUAAUAAUAAUACUAACUCUAGUAGUUCCCCGGGGGUGGAUGUGGACGAGGGUGGUAAUCGUCGGCGGCGCCGGAAGGGUGUUCCUCAACGGUCACCUUUGAGUUGAUGAUCAUAAUUAAUAAUAACUAAUAAGUGUUGGGGUGGUGUAAUAAUUGUAUAAUAAUUAUGGACGUAGAAGGACCAAGUAAGUGAUUAAUAUGAAUAUUAUUUAGAUGAGUAUAUUGUUAAAAUCGGCAAAUAUUUCUCUGACUCUAUGACAAUGUAAUGUUUUUUCUUGAAUGUUUGAUUAUUAGA